CCCUCCCUUUCAGUUGUGUGGUUUGUGACUAGCGUACAUUGCGCAGACGCAGUCGGAAGGUGCCCAUCAGCUCCCAUAGAUCAGAACAGAGGGAGCAGGGCGUUCCUAAAUAAUAUGCGCUGUUAGGGCUGAACCUACACUAAACAUGGAGAGGAAGCCAAGUUUCAUAUUGAAUGUUUAAGUAACAUUGCAUUGCAUUUUAACGGAAACAUCCGGCUGCAAGAGUGUAGCUGCUGGUUGGACAAGGAAGGACUGAGGCCUGCACCCCUGUUGGCUGUUGAAAACAAACUGUGAUUGGUGCUCACUGGGACGUCUGCCUUCGCUUUCCACACGUACAACAUUACAGCUGACAGCGUGACCCCACAGUUAACUCCACAAACUCAGGAUGGAGGAGCCCAUUUUUGCGACAGGCAUGGCUGCCAAGCUGAGGAGCCAGUGGGAUCGUAAUGACGGUCUGGGACAGAAUCACAUGGCUGUGAAGUUUCUGGGUCAGGACUACGAGAGUCUGAAAGCCCAAUGCCUCCAGAAUCGGAAGCUGUUUGAGGAUACUUUGUUCCCUUGUGUCGCAUCUUCUCUGGGAUUCAAGGAGCUCGGCCCCAAUUCUGCCAAGACCUACGGAGUGCGCUGGAUGAGGCCCACGGAGUUCUGCAAACGUCCCGAGUUCAUCGUAGGUGGAGCCACUCGCACAGACAUCUGUCAGGGAUCUUUGGGUGACUGCUGGCUGCUGGCAGCCAUCGCCUCGCUGACCUUAAACGACAACCUCCUCCACAGAGUGGUUCCUCACGGACAGAGCUUCCAGCAGGACUAUGCCGGCAUCUUUCACUUCCAGUUCUGGCAGUUUGGCGAGUGGGUGGAUGUGGUGAUCGAUGACCGGCUGCCAGUGAAGGAUGGGAAACUGCUUUUUGUCCACUCGGCAGAGGGAACCGAGUUCUGGAGCGCGCUGCUGGAAAAGGCCUACGCUAAGUUGAACAGCUGUUAUGAGGCUCUCUCAGGCGGCAGCACAUCCGAGGGCUUUGAGGACUUUACAGGCGGCGUGACGGAGGCGUUCGAGCUGAGAAAAGCCCCGUCUGACCUCUACAGCAUCAUGAGAAGGGCCAUAGACAGAGGAUCGCUGCUGGGCUGCUCCAUAGACAUCACCGGCUCUGGUGAGAUGGAGGCCGUCACGUUUAAGAAGCUGGUGAAGGGACACGCCUACUCUGUGACUGGUGUGGCAGAGGUAAAUUACAGAGGAAGUCCGACCAGGCUGGUUCGCAUCAGGAACCCCUGGGGGGAAGUGGAGUGGACCGGAGCCUGGAGCGACAAUUCCAGAGAGUGGGACAGUGUGGAUAGCUCCGACAGAAGUCGGCUACAAAUACGCAGCGAGGACGGGGAAUUCUGGAUGUCAUUCAGUGACUUCCUGCGCGAGUUUUCCCGUCUGGAGCUCUGCAACCUGACGGCUGACGCCCUGGAUAACAGCCAGCUGAAGAAAUGGAGUUCCUCGGUCUAUUCGGGAGAGUGGAGGAAGGGCAGCACUGCUGGAGGCUGCAGGAACUUUCCAGCAACCUUUUGGCUCAACCCUCAGUUCAAGAUUACGCUGCAGCACCCCGACUCCGGCCAUUCAGACUGCAGCUUCCUGGUUGGCCUUAUGCAGAAGGACCGCAGAAAGAAACGGCGUGAGGGCGAAGACAUGGAGACCAUCGGGUUUGCCCUGUAUGAGGUUCCAAAGGAGUUUGCAGGCAGUUCAGCAGUCCACCUGAAGCGAGACUUUUUCCUCUCCCACGCCUCCAGCGCUCGCUCAGAGACCUUCAUCAACCUGAGGGAGGUCAGCUCGCGUCUGAAACUGCCGCCCGGGGAAUACAUCGUCGUCCCCUCCACCUUCGAGCCGAACAAAGAGGGCAACUUUGUCCUCCGAGUUUUCUCUGAGAAACCUGCUAACUCAGAGGAGCUUGAUGAUGACGUUGUAGCAGAUCUUCCACCAGAGACUCAGCUGCAUGAGAGCCAGAUCGACAGCUCCUUUAAGAAUCUCUUCAGACAGCUGGCGGGGCCGGACAUGGAGAUCAGUCUCACAGAGCUGCAAACCAUCUUGAACAGGAUCAUCAGCAAACAUAAAGACCUGAAAACGGAUGGCUUCACAAAAGAAGCUUGUCGCAGUAUGAUAAGCCUCAUGGACACGGACGGCAGUGGAAAGCUGGGCCUGACAGAGUUCCAUGUACUCUGGGAAAAGAUUAAACGAUACCUGACCAUAUUCAGGCAGUUUGACGUGGACAAAUCGGGCACCAUGAGCUCCUAUGAGAUGAGGAUGGCUCUUGAUUCUGCAGGUUUCAAGCUGACCAACCACCUGUUCCAGCUGAUCAUCCUGCGCUACACCGAGGCUGACCUGACUCUCGACUUUGACAACUUUGUCACCUGUCUGGUGCGACUGGAGACCAUGUUCAAAACCUUUAAGACCAUGGACACAGAUAACGACGGUGUCAUGUGCCUCAACUUCAAUCAGUGGAUUACUCUGACCAUGUUUGCCUAGAGAUGAGUGGACUCCUCUAUAAAUCUUGCACUGCUUCCGGCUGCAGCUUCAGGCCCAGUAUGUGUUGUUUCAGAAGUGCCUUUUUUUCUGCACCAGUUCUUCCUCUCGCUGCCGAGGCCCUCUGAUGCUAAACAACUGUAAAUUCAACUUUACAGUGUUUACUUUAGAAAUAAUGUGCCAAUCUGUUAUUUGUCACUUCUCGUAGCCUGGCAUUCAGUUUGCUAAGCUACAACCUUUUUAGCUUUACAAACAUUUCUUGUCUUGGGGCAGAGUUUCUCUGGGGGAAGAAAAAAAACGUAUUGUUAAAUUUCACUUGGUGAAGGCAAUUUUUUUUUGUGAUAUGUUAGUUGCUUGGUGAAAAAAAAAAAAAAGCAAUCAAUUAUCUUAAAAAUGACCUCCUUAUCCUAGCUGUCGUUCAUGUUUAAAGGGCUUGUACUGUAUCUACCACAUUUUUAAAAGGCCAAACCUGAAUAAAUAAAUCAAUUAAGCAACUGAAUAAAUUGAUGAAUUGACUAAUACAAACUCAUUAGUAAUACCCCAAAAUGCCAAAAGAAAGGGAGGUGAAAAACACCAUUAAUGUUUACGUCUCGCACUGUCACAAGCGCCAUUCCUCCUGCUCGGUGCUCACAACCAGGCCUGUGGCUUAUCAGUAAGUGAUAAGGGAAAACAAACCCUGUGGCUAGUCCACCAAGAGUUAAUGUACUAGGACAAUCAGCAAAAUGCUCCAGAGCUUUAUUUCUUAAACCUGCUGUCAGUUAUUACAAUCUCGGUGCCAGAUGUGGUCGAUGUGGACAGCUGCUGAGUGUGCCAGCUUUUUCUCCAGCCUACUCUGCCUUUGUAGCGACAUUGCCCCUUUUGGUGCUAUAUCUGUUUCCAUCUUGUGCCAAACUUUGCCUCAGCACCAAAGAGUCCACUGAUAAAGCUUUACUGAGCCCUGCAGUGUGGAGACAAUGAUGGUGUGCUGUAUCAUAGAGAAUGUGUUGCUUUAUAUUUCCUUAAAACCAAUACAGGUUUAGCUUUAAGACUUAUUAUUAUGCUUGGCACUUUUUAUUGACUGUUUUUCAAAAUAUGAAAAGAAAAAUAAUUUUAUAUCAUGGUUGUAACUGGGUAUCAUAGUUAAAAAGGGAUGCAUCGUCCUUGUUUAAUCAUGCCUUUCGAAGGGAACAAGUACAUGUCAAUACUUUAGGUGAAGGUAAACUAUUAUGCAAGGUGGAUGGGUAUGUUGUAUGCAUGCAGUGUGAAAUGUGAUACAGUAUACUGUAUAUUGUCUGCUUGCCGAAUUACAUGUCUGUUCAACCAUGGGAGCAAGUGUUUUAUUUGAAGGGUUUUAUUCCAAAAUAAUAUGUCGCUUUUGGGGGAAAAAGACUUGAAAGCUUUUUAAUAUGGAGGAUCUACAUGUUAAGUGUUUUUUUUAAUUUUCUUAUCAAGCAAAGAGCUGCACGUGUUUCAAAUGCCAAAAUAGUUUGUUAUACCAAUUAUUUUUGUGUUUUUUGUAAAUGGAAGAAUUGAAUUUGAAACAUUUAAUCAAAAAUGGAAAGCUAAAACCUUAAGAUACUUUAGCAUUCAUGUCUUCAGUUUUUGCAGCGUAAUGCUUAUGUAACAUGACCUAAUGUUUACAUUGGUGUCCCUUUGGACCCAGUCAUCAUGCAAUACAUUUGUUUAACUGUGUAGCGUCUCUGUAAAACUUCUAUACACACUUUGAAAAUAAAAAUGGGGAUUUUACAAGU